GCACUACUGUCUUGGCUUUUAACAUGUAACGGAUUCUCAUUUCUAGAGUGCUGCCAAUAAUAAAGAAUUAUUCUUGACAGGAGUGACAAAAAACAAAGCAAGAUCUUUUUGUACUUUGCUCUGCUUCUGGUCUCACUACACUGCCAAUGCUGCAAGGUUUUUACAGCUCUUAGCUUGAGUUGUUCUUAACCAGAAGAUUUUUCAGAAUUUGGAUGGAUAAUUUAGGCUAAAGACAUACGCUUAGUUGAAGAAAAAAGGUCUACAUCUCCCUCUUUUGGCUAAGCUCGUCGAAAACUUAAAUCUAAAACUUCGCUUUAAGAAGUAAUUUUUUCUUCAGAGAAUUGCUCUUCUUGUAUGUGAAAGUAGGAGUUAAACAACAGGUUUCUCCUGUCAAAUUCUUGGUCAUGCAAUGCCGUACUUACUCAAAUUAAGCCGGUGGAUAUGAAGUUCAGAGUGGAAUUCCUUGUUGCCUGUCUUCUUAGCUUCAUUUUAAUUCAGCCUAGUAUUUCUGAAGAACUUUCUGAUGCAUCUGAAACCAAGUGGGCGUGUACUUGUUCAGCUCAUGAAGGCAACAACAGCUUAGCUGUUUUGACUAAUUGUGCUCCCUCAUGUGAUUGCACUCCUGUUGUGAAAGAUUCAAGUGUGGGUAAAUGGGUUUGCAUCUGUGCUGCUGAUAAACUACCUAGAGUGACGAAUGAUCAUGAUGCCUUCUGCUUUACUUCGUGCAAUUGCAAGUCAGGCUCUGCUAAGGACACAGAGUUUCCAAAGAGAAGAGUGUCCAGCAAAGUAGUUGUGAUCAUUCUCUUGCUAUGUGUUGCACUGACAACUCUCGCCAUAAUUGGUUCGGUCAUGUGGUAUUUUUAUAGAAAGGAGAAAUGUUCAGAAAGAUCCGUCUUCUCUUCUGACAAGGAUUCAACUUAUAACAGUACAACCAACCUGAUAAGCCACAGAGCUUAUUCAAUGCCAGAAUUCAAAGUCUAUAUAAGCUCCCCUGUCAAUCCUGUUGUAGGAUGCAUGCAGAGGGCUUCAUUCUUAUUCAGAAGCAAGGACGGAAAGAUACCCGGGACACUUCUGCAGUUUUCAUAUGCAGAAUUGGAGAAUGCAACAAAUAAGUUCUCUGAAUCGAAUUUAAUAGGAAUGGGAGGAAGCAGCUAUGUUUAUUGCGGUCAUCUCAAAGAUGGCGGAACAGUUGCAAUCAAGCGGAUGAAAGCUCAAGAAGGGCCUAAUGCAGAAUCUGAUUUUCUGACAGAGAUUGAACUUAUAUCGAGACUCCACCACUGUCAUGUGGUGCCUUUGCUUGGCUUCUGCUCAGAAAAUCAAGGAAAGCGCGUGGAAAGGCUACUGGUAUUCGAGUACAUGCCCAAUGGAAAUCUCAGAGAUUAUUUAGACGGAGCUUCAGGAAAAUGCCUUGACUGGGGUAUAAGGGUAGCCAUUGCCCUCGGAGCUGCUAAAGGUCUGGAGUAUCUCCACGAAGCAGCUGCUCCCAAAAUUUUGCAUAGGGAUGUCAAAUCUACCAACAUUUUAUUGGAUGAAAACCACAGAGCCAAGAUAACCGAUCUAGGUAUGGCCAAGCGUUGGAUCAAUGAUGGUGUACCUAGCUGUUCAAGUUCUCCAGCCAGAAUGCAAGGGACUUUCGGCUACUUUGCACCCGAGUAUGCAAUUGUAGGAAGAGCUUCUCUGAAGUCGGAUGUUUUUAGCUUUGGAGUUGUCCUCCUUGAAUUGAUAACUGGUCGGCAUCCCAUUCAUAAAUUACCCGAGAAGGGGGAAGAAAGCCUUGUCAUAUGGGCGACUCCUCGGCUGCUAGAUAGCAGAAAAGUGAUUCUAGAGCUGCCUGAUCCACAUCUACAAGGUAUAUAUCCAGAAGAAGAGAUGCAGAUCAUGGCUUACCUAGCAAAGGAGUGCUUGCUGUUGGAUCCAGACUCUCGACCAACAAUGAGCGAGGUGGUUCAAAUCCUGUCAACUAUUGCCCCAGAAAAAUCUCGAAGGAGAAACUAUUCUAUAAAUCUUUUUCAGAGCUCCUCUAGCCGCGGCCUAACACAUGAGCCUGUCAACCAGGUGCCUCACAAUCUACAUGAGGAUGUUCUUGAGGCUGAGGAGCUUGGACUCAUCACAUCUGAUAGGUGGUCACCGCGGAGUUCACUUCCCGUCAAUGUUUCCCAUACUCUCUGUGUUGUGAACAAAGAGAUAUUAACAGACACUGGUUCUCUGCGUUCAAGUCUGCAAUCACAGGACGAGGAGAAGGUAGAUUUAACUGAACCCCGGUUCGAAACCUUCAGCUGCUCCAGUGUGAGACUCUCGUGAUCAUGAGUAUCCAACUCGAAAUAAAAGAAUUGCUGCAGAAGUGGCUCCAUGUUCAUUGUUUUCUUGGAGGAUCAAGCCGCGAAGAAUGCCAAUGUGAUUAAGAUUUGUCAGUUCAUUUUGUUCAACAUACAAUUAAGAUUUUGACCUUGUGAACUUGAAUGCUUCCUUCUGUAUAUGUAAAUUUGGGUAUUACUUGGACAAAAGUACAUGAUGUAGAGUCUUGAUUCCAGCUCAA